ACCGAAACUGAGUUCAUCAGCACUGUCUCCAACACUCAAAAAUUGACGUUAAAGUGCCAAUGCUGGAGAAAGGAAAUGACCCUUUUAAGUUUUUUUCUUGUUUUUUUAAGGUACCAAGUAACAGGAAGAAAAAAGAAGAGAAGAAAACAAAAAAAUCCUAGUACAGUGCAUACAUAGUUGUUUUCAAACUCAGGAACUGAACGGAGGGGUUAUUAAAAAUCAUUGAAGAUGAGUUCUCUUCCUGACACAGCGAAGAUGCUGAAGCGAGUGGGGAGGAAGCUUCUCCAGUCUCCCUCCGGUGAUGAUCUUCGAGAACUUCUUCAUAAAUUGGAGCUUCUAUUAUCAACUGUGGAUCAAGAUCCAGCCAAGCCAAUUCAAGAAUCACUUGUACCUUCAAUGAAGGCAUUGAUUUCCGAUGAACUUUUGAGGCACACAGAUGAUGAUGUUAAGCUUUCGGUUACAUCUUGCCUCACUGAGAUUACAAGAAUCACGGCGCCAGAUGUCCCUUAUGAUGAUGAACAAAUGAAGGAAAUCUUCAAGCUCACAGUGGCAUCUUUCAAGAAAUUGUCUCACAUAUCAGGCCAUGGCUAUGAAAAAGCACUUACCAUACUUGAUAAUGUCAAUAAGGUCAGAUUAUGCUUGGUCAUGCUGGACCUUGAGUGUAAUGACCUGGUUAUUGAAAUGUUUCAGCAAUUCUUGAGAUUUAUAAGGUCAAACCAUCCCUGUAAUGCAAUUCAUUCAAUGGAAACCAUAAUGACCCUGAUCUUGCAAGAAAGUGAGCAAAUUUCCUCAGAUCUUCUCAGACCUCUAUUGGAAAGUGCAGCCAAUGAAAAUCAGACUAUUUCACCUAUUUCUUGGACAAUGGCGGAAAAAAUAAUUAGCAAUUGUGCUAUCAAGCUCAAGCCUUUUCUCAUGAAGGCAGUGGAGUCCUCAGGCAGGGCUUUAAAUGAGUAUGCACAUAUAGUAGCUAGUAUUUGCCAGAAUGAGUCUGAUACCCCUAAAUGCGAUGAUUCAAAUUGUUCUAAGAAAACAAUGGUUCAUGAAGCUGAGAACAAGCUUGAUGUUCCUAAAGAUGCAGAGGAACAAUCAUGUGAUGCAACCAAGAGGCAAGAACCAGAUAUUACUGGUGAGAGAGAUGUCCAAAUCUUGGAUGCUACAAAGUCAAACGUAAGAAGUGCCAGUCCUUCUACUAUGAAUGACGAAGCUAUAAAAAUAUCUGGUUCAAAAAGGAAACCACAUUCUGAAAUUACGAAGAAUUCCAAAGCAGAAAAUGCCAAAGCCAAUUUGGAAACCGACAAUGCAGAGUCUGUUCAGGAACCAACAUCAGAAACUCAGCUGAAUACAGUACCAAAAAAGAGGGGCCGUAAGCCUAAUUCUCUAAUGAACGAAGAGGAAGGCUAUGACCACUCAUGGAUUUUUCGGGAAACAAAACCUGGGAAAUCAGCUCUAUCCAGAAAAGCUCGCAAUUGUAGUUCUGCUUUUCCGUCUUCUGAAAAACCUGUUUCCAGAAAGGAUAAGUUGCAUCAAAAGCCUAAAACUGUAAGUGAAGCUAUAGUUUCUAAGACAAAAAGUGAGAACAUAAAACCUGCCCAAUCCAUAAGGACUCACAAUAUUGGCAGUGAUUUUCCACCUAAUGAUAACCCUGCUUCCUUCAAGGAUGGUGUGAUGUCAAAGCCUGAAGAUACAAGCAAAGGUUGUGAAGCUUUAGCUUCUAAACCUAAAACUGAUGAGAAUACUGAUGCUGCUCCUUCUUUAAAUAAUAAAAUUCCUGAUGGAUGUUGCAUCAAUCAAGAUGUUCACUCUAAUUCUGUGUCAAUGUUAAAGGAAGACAACUUGAAUCCUCUGCCCGAGGAUACUUCUUUGGAUUCCCCAGCAGUUAGGUUGGAAAAGGAAUCUGAAGUAAGGAAGGAUUCUGAACUAAAACCUGCUAAGAAAAUCAAACUUUCUAUAAAGUUUGGUGGGAAAACUGCUGUGGCUUCAGAUACGGUAGUUGCUAAGAUGGAACCUAAUGUUUCUUGUGGAGAUGAGGGGAAACAUGAGUCAUCUAUGAAUGUUGAGCUAGAAAAUAAAGAAGAGGGAACAUCAUCUGCUCAAACAGUUAUUAAGAAAAGGAGGAGGGGAGAUGCUACUUCUAAUAAGGGUCUCAACAAAUCAUCCGUUGUGAAGGAGCUGAUUGCUGAAUCUGCAAGUAAAACAUUAAGUGGCUUCAAGGAAACCCCACAAACAAAGCGGAGGGGAAGACACAUUACUUUGAGUGCAAAGGCAUCUCAAUCUUAUGAUGGUAACCCAUUGGUUGGUAGUAGGAUCAAGGUUUGGUGGCCGAAGGAUAAAAAGUUUUACGAAGGCGUUAUCAAUUCUUUUAAUCCUAUCAAAGGAAAGCACAAGAUUUUGUAUACUGAUGGUGAUAUUGAAGUGUUGAACCUCAGAAAACAGCGCUGGCAACUAGUUUCUGUUGAUGAUUCAUUAAAUGAGGAAGGACUUCCACUUCAGAAGGUUGCAGAAGCAUCAAACAUAUCAGAAAAAGGCACAGAAAAAUCCAAAUUGGAGUCGGCCAAGGGUGCAAAUAUCAAUUCUCAGUCCAGGGGAAGAGCUUCUGCCCGCAACUUCAAAUCUGAAUCUGCAGAAUCUGCUGCCAAAUCUGUGGAUACUUCUGCUGUUAACAGAUAUGCUUUGGCUGAUGAAUCCAUUGAUGACUCUGCAAGGAAGCCUAAAACCAAAAGAAUGAAAACUGGUUCAGACACAAAAAAGAACAAACUUAGGACUGAGGACCUUGAAAAGGAAAAAAGUGUAAGUGGCUUGAAUUCUGCUGUAGGAAAUGUGUCUAGAAAAUGAACAAGGGCAUGUAAGAAGGUGUGCCUCAAUGCAAUGAAGCUGUGCAGUGUUUACUAGUUGGCUCUAAAGCUUGUAAAUUUGACUUACCAUAGGGAUUAUCAGUUUAGUCUGUUUUGUUGCAUAGUUUAUGUCAAGAACCCUGCAGAUUGGUCAGUCUUUAGCAUGGCUUUAUAUAUUAUGGUAUCUUAGAGCAACUCCAGUGCUGGAGUGCUUAAAAGAUUUUAAACCAAUUUUUGUAGAUCCUACGGAGCCACGUAAUAUUUAAGAACUUCAACAAAAUUUUACUCCAAUGCUUAUGUUCUUAUGGG